AUGCUCCAGAUAGGCUCUGUUUUCUUGCCGUUGCAGGGAUGGCGGCUCACGGAGAUCGUGGCGGGCACAACGCAUGUGAUUCUUCUUCUUGUGCUUAGCGGUAUGUUGUUGAUUACGUGGCCAUUUGUGUUGAGUUUCAAAGGGGUCAUGCUCUUUACCUUUUACGUUGCAGGAAUGCUUCACUUCCAGCGGCGUCUGGCGUCAGGGUUGCCCCUCACCUACACAUUGAAAAGCUGGCGCGCCAGCAAGACCAACUUCCGCUUCACGUCUUCCUUCGUGAAACAGAUUUUUGAAAAAGAAUUGCCGCCGUUCCCAUCGGCAGAUGCCAGAGAAAAAAUGAGAUCCGGUAGCCGCCCUGUUGUUGUUAUUACGGGUGGUGAAAGGGGUAUCGGCUACGAGGUAGUGAAGCAGCUGGCCCUUCUGCACUUUGACCUAUUUGUCUGCUGUCCCUCAGUCCCCGCAGCAGGGAGAGCUAUUACCCGUAUACGACGCGUGGUUGCCAAAAAUGCCUGCGACAGCCUCUCGCCCGGAAAAAUAGUCCCUCUCCAGUUGGACUUGUCAAAUGAGGCGAGUGUUCGCCGAUGCGCCUCAGAUAUUCUGGCCGCAACGUCGCGAAUUGACGUCCUUAUCAACAAUGCCGGCAUCCUUCACACAGGAAGCACACGGGUGACGAAUUUGAGGGGGGAUGAACUUGUUUUGGCUGUGAACUUCAUUGGGCCUGCCCUUUUCACGGAACUUCUUCUUGACACUAUAAAGCAAAGCCGACCUUCACGGAUUGUAAAUGUUUCCUCUCUCAUGCAACUGUCAGCCUGCAUACCUCCCGAAUACUCACCCCUGACAAUUCUUAUGGAAAACUGUAGUCCCAUGCCAUGGGUGGUUACCAAGAACUACAGUCUCUCCAAGCUUCUUGUUGUGUGCUACACAAGAGACUUGGCGGUGCGAUUGCAUGACAGCGGUGUGAACGUUUCGUGUCUGCAUCCCGGUGUUGUGUUUUCACACAUAUACGAUGGUCUUGGCUUCUGGGUUAAGGUGAUGCCGUAUUUGAUGCGGACAGUCUUUAGGUUUCGUGGUGAGGGUGCGGAGGUGGUGCUUCAUAAUGUGCUUGCGGACGGGGUUGAGAACGGAAGUUUCUAUGCUGACCGCAAAAACUUUGACUCUGUGGUCUCGCCUUGGGCAAGAGACCCGAAAAUGAACGCCAAGAUAACGCUCUGGGUGCGGGAGCACUUCGGUUUAAAUUGA